ACGAAGAGGAGGAUAUUACAGUGAAAGGAGAGAAAGAACCUUUCAGAAUGGAAGAGGAGGCUGUUAUAGGGAAAGAAGAGAAAGCAUCCUCUUCUUCUCUAAAAGGUUCUAUCUCAGUAAAGGUGAAGGAGGAAGACGUUUUGGGAGUGAAAGAGGAGGAGACAGAAUAUCAGAUUAACACCAGAGAGAGACAUGACUAUUGUGGAUCCUCUGGGGAGCCUCAACAACAUCCUGAUGCUGACGAGACAGAGAAGAGUCUCUCCAGAUCAGAACACCAGAUGGACAACACUAGCCCUUCCUCCCUCCCGGAGUCCCUGUAUCGUGCCUCUCCCGGUAGCACCUUACUGCUGGGUAUGAAGAGGUUGUCUGUGCUGCUGGUGGACUGCAGGAAAACAACGGGGCUGAGUGGGACUGUGAGAGGAGGAGAAGAGAAGAAAGGAUCAGAUUUGACACAUCAAAGAGAGAGACAUGACUAUGGUGGAUCCUCUGGGGAGCCUCAACAACAUCCUGAAGCUGACGAGGAAGAGAAGAGUCUCUUCAGAUCAGAACACAACAUGGACAACGCUAGCCCUUCCUCCCUCCCGGAGUCCCCGUGUCGUGCCUCUCCCGGUAGCACCUUACUGCUGGGUAUGAAGAGGUUGUCUGUGCUGCAGGUGGACUGCAGGAAAAAAAUGGGGCUGAGUGGAACUGUGAGAGGAGGAGAAGAGAAGAAAGGAUCAGAUUUGACUCAUCAAAGUAAGUGCUGUAAUUUAGUUUGAACAAAUUAAAUAGAUCUGCCCACUGGAAUCUGUUACCCGGACAACCAGCAGAGUUCUGUUUGUUGACAGGAAGAUAGACUGGUGUAUUUUCACCACAGUAGACAGUUCUGUUAGUUGACAUGUAAAACCUUGAUGUAAGUUUGUUUUAGAGAGAAACCAAUAGACCAUAUAAAACCUUGAUGAAAGUUAGAUUUAGAGAGAAAGUUUCAAGAUGAUCUGAUGUAAGGUGCAUGUUUUACAAAAACCUUUUCCAUAAAACAUUAUGGAUGUUACAUUGCCUGUCCCAGUCAACCCCCCUAUCUUUACUAGACUGUAGAACAGGAACAAGGCCCUGCAUUAAGGACCAAAUUGUGAUAAAUAGAAAUGUUUACCAGUUCCAUUUAAGGACCAAACAACUGACAGCUGUGCCAAAUAAAUGUCAAAAUAGUUGGCAAGAGAUUUUCAUUGUACUGAUUCCAUGGCACAUUGUUUAUGAAUUGACACGCAAAAUGACGCCGGAUUCAAAGCUUCAAUUAUUAUACAAAAUUCUUGCAACCAAUAUAAUGUUAUAUAUGGGGAUACAAUCUUCCCAGCUCUGCAGAUUUUGCUGCGAGGAGGCAGUCAUUAGAUCAUUUAUUUUGGUACUGUCCAUAUGUAGCUCGUUGUUGGUCACAUGUCCAGGAAUCGCUGAAGAAUUGCAACAUUUACCUAGAACUAACGCUGCAGAUGGCAAUACUGGCAAUACUGGGUCAUUUGAAAAGUCCUAUUCAAUCAAUAUUAUAAUUAUUUUAACAAAAAUGUUUAUCUUUAAUUUACAAUCUGUAGAAACUAUGAGAAUCGAAAAGUUUAGUACUUUUGUGAAGCAUCACAGCACAGUUAAAAUAUAUAUGGCAAAUAUGAAUCCCAUAUGGAUGUUAAGAGACAGAUGGGAGGGGUUGAAUGGAGCU